AGUCGAUUCAGAACUAAAACUUUGAUUUCAUAACAUUUUAGGAUAUUCGUAUAAACUAUCUCUGUAUCAAAAAGUUAACACCCCCUCAAGUUACUUACUUACAUCUUCCAGAUGUAAUUCUCAAUAAAUGUCACGUGACACUAUCAUCACAAACCUAUCUACCAAACUAUACGCAUAAUCGCUAAUCUGCCACUACUACAGUCACAUCCAGAACGAUGUGUACAUUAGAGAAACGUGGCCGACUUUUCAUACUAACCCUCACCGGCGACGGAGAACACCGUCUCAACCCCACCUUACUCAACGCCAUCCACUCCGCCAUCACACAAAUCCGCUCCGAUCCAUCCUCUCCCCACUCAAUCCUCAUCACAACCUCCCACGGAAAAUUCUUCUCCAACGGCUACGAUCUCGCCUUAGCCGAAACCAACCCCUCUCUCCGCCCCGUCAUGGACGCAAAACUCCGAUCCCUAGUCGCCGACCUCAUCUCCCUCCCUAUGCCGACGAUCGCCGCCGUCACCGGUCACGCCUCCGCCGCGGGGUUUCUCCUCGCGAUGAGCCACGACUAUGUUCUGAUGCGGCGCGACAGGGGGUUUCUGUACAUGAGCGAGCUGGAUAUCGAGCUGGUGAUUCCGGCGUGGUUUAUGGCGGUGAUUAGGAUGAAGAUCGGUUCUCCGGCGGCGAGGAGGGAUGUGGUGUUGACGGCGGAGAAGGUUACGGCGGAUCGGGGUGUGGAGAUGGGGAUUGUUGAUUCGAGUUGUGGGAGUGCGGCGGAGACGGUUGAGGCGGCGAUUAAGUUGGGGGAGGAGUUAGUUAGAGGUGGAGUUGAUGGACACGUGUACGGUGGGAGGAGGGAGACUCUUUUGAGAGAGGUGCUUGAUACGAUUGGUUCGGAUGUGAGCGGUUCCGGUGGGGUGCGAAUCAGUGGAUCUAAAUUGUAGUUUGUUCAACCACGGAUACAAUUGUCUGUUUGUACGAGUCAAUAAAAUAAAAAUAAAAUAUUAUAAACAAGGACCAACUGAAAUUCACCAGAUUUUUUUUUGUUUACACAUUGUAGGUUUGAAAUAAGAUGAAAUAAUGUAAUAAACGAAAUUUAUUUAUUUAAAUGUAUGUUCAAAUUACAAAUAGUUUUUAUUUGGUUUGUCUACUGUUUACCGCUCUCCGCUAGAAGGAAAAAGGAAAAAAAACUUGUACAUAACCCCUAAUAAUAAUAUUUCUGUAAAGUUGAUUAUCUACACAAAUAUAUGUACUACAGGUUAU